GACACAACUGACAGAAUCCUCUGUGGGUGGUUGAAGUUUUCUGUGGCUGGGUAAGUUACAUUUCAACUUGCUCUCUCUCGUCUCCACUCUUCACAGUUAGCAGUCCUUUCUAGUUCUGACCCAACCUUCCAUACCUCUGUAAAGUAGUACCCCCCCCCCUUUUUAAGAAGAGGAUUCAGAAUAUCAGUGUUUCUACAGCUCCACCUCCCAAUGUUUUAUGUUGGAAUUUGUAUUGGUGAAAUAAGGAAUCCUGCACAUCCUCUGAAAGAAGUUAAUAUUUAGCAAAGUCUGGGGAUAUUCUCCUGGUGAUAGAGAGGUUCUGGGGUGAGGCUGCCACAAAUUAAACUCUCUGCUCCAAACUCCCCCAUCAUAUAAGCCUGUACCUUGAACCCUAGACUGUUCUUCAGACAGCCUGCCAAGCCAAAUUGGGAUCUCUGCACCAGCUGAAGUUUUUGAACAGUGCAUUAAGCCAUGUAGUUGUGAGAUUUGAAAGCCAAGAAAUGCUUAAGGGAUCUUACCAUAACUGCUCUCUUCCUUUUCUAGAGUCUCAGGGUAAUUCCAUACAGCAGUUUAUUGUGGACUCAAUGCUGCUUUUGCAUGGAAAGCUUGUAAAGUGUCUACAUUAUACUAUUGCCAAAAUGCUACCCCAUAUUAUUUCCGCAUUUAAUUUACAUUUAUUGUUUCAAUGAAAAAUCCAGUAACUGAAUGAAUAAAAACUCACAGCAACAGUAAAUCUGGAUUAAAUGGAGAGGGGGAAAUGGCAUUGUAUUUUGAUGAGGAUGAUUGUGUGUGGAUGCUGGGAGAAAUUAACUAAUAAAUAAUUUGAAUCCACAAUAAGAUGCCAUGGGGAAGUGCCCUCAGUCUCCCUUGAAGGGAACAACUUUGAAGGUGGGAUUCAGAUGAUAUUUGUGGGGGGAGGGAGUGUUCUUUACUGGGUUUUUGUGAAGUGAUGAGGGGUCUUCUUUCGUCACUUCUAUUUACCGUACAUAAACAUUAAAAGCAAGGACAAGCCAGUUUUAUGUGAAAUUUGACAGCUCUGUUGCUAUAGGCUUUGAAAAGGUGCUAUUUGUCUCACUAUCUGCUCUGGAGAAGGAAAGAUAAAUGUGAACAUUGCCACCUCAUAAAAAGCCAGUAAAUUUCCACACCCAAAAGUGCCAACCCACCUGAACAUUGCCCUCCCUCCUGAUCUUCAGAAGGGUUUUCACCCACACCCACUCCUAAAAUCUCUUAAAUUGGGCUAGACUGAACAUUCAGCCCAGCCCAACUUAUAACCCAACAGCAGGUUCCUUCCUGCCCAUUUGGCAUCAGUGCUAUUUAGUAACAGGAGAUGAGUGACUGAAUGGUUUCCUCUUAUUUCAUCAAGUAGCUGUUUGUUGCUCUAAAGUAACUGGAGAAAAGCAUAAGCAACAGGAAACAAGAGGUGCUUUUGUUCUCACUGUAUUCAGGACCCUCUGCUAUUGCUUCCUUAUUUUGAGCAUCAGUUAAGAAGAGGAGAUGAACAUCUUUCCACCUAGGACGGUAAGCAAUAUCUACCUUACAAUCAGCAGUGCCUGAUGGUUUCUGCUCCAAGCGAAAAUAAGUUCUACUCAGUAACAGUCCUCUAAUUCUAAUGCAUGCUAAGCUACAAGCAAUAAUGGGUUCUUCUGUACUUUUCUUUGCUAUGCCUCAAACAUGGCAAGGGGAAGUUAGGACCAAAGCAUCUCAGAUUAUCUAAGAAAGGGUGGGUCCAUUUAGAUAUAAUGCAGAAUGAUGUAUUGAGAAGCUUGAAGGCUGAAGAGAGGGAAGCCAGAUUCUCUCUCCCUCUUUUAAUAAUGCAAGAAAAAACAAAACUCUGCUAUCUGGUCCAAUGGAUUAAUAUUUCAAUUCCAGGGAGGUUAUCUUGUCACUUGGGGGAAGGGACAUAGUUCAGUGGUUGACCAUCUGUAUUGUAUGCAGUAGCUCCCAGCUUCAAUCUCUAGGGUCUCCAGGUAGGGCUGUGAAACUUUUCUGUCUGCAACUGGCCACCAGUGGAGACAAUGCUGAAACUAGAUAGUCCAAUGGUCCAAUUAAGUAUAAAGUUCUGAAUUGGACCAUUGGAAGGAAGGAGGAAGUGCAGGGAAUGUACAAGACGGCAGCUCACUAACACAAGGCCAACUGAUGUAUCUGAACUAGCCCAGUUUGGUUUGACUUAAUCCACUGAUGAGACCGUUAUACUGGCCUGAGAAACUAGAGCCACUGAAACAAUUUCCCCAAGUGAUGGUUUGGUUUUCAUAGUCAAAAGAUGGCGUCAUUGCAUUUUCCUAGCAUGAGAAACCUCCCCCCCCCCCAUUUCAUUUCUCAGCAGGAAAAAUCUGAAGUCCGGAUCAUUCAAACCCUCACACAGGGUGAACAAGCAGCUGUUGCUUCUAGAAAAGAAACGGUGAAGAAAUGCCUUGCCAAGCUUGGGAUUCCACAUGAUGUGGUAGGGUUUCAUUUAUUAUUAGUAAUAACAAUUAAUUAUAAUGAUAAAACAGAAGCUUAAUCAGGCUGUGUAAAACAAGUAUGCUUUGGGUAUUGAAAACACACACUUUAUUUUUUCAUUCCUUGAUUAAACAGAGAUUUGUUAAGUCCCCUCCCUUUUCUUCCACCAGGACAAAACCCCAAAUAUUGCUGUCCUGGGGUCAGGAGGAGGACUGAGGGCCAUGAUUGCCCUUUAUGGGACAUUGACAGAGCUGAAGAAAUAUGAUCUCCUGGAGUGUAUUAUGUACUUGGUUGGGGUAUCAGGUUCAACCUGGUAAGUGAAUGUAAAUGGUUAAUGAGAAAAGCAAGCUGUGGCAUGUGGUAGAAGCUGCAAUCUCUGGCAGCAACACCUUAUCACAACUGAUAAAAAUCUCUGUGCCAUCAGCAUUUACAAGAUCAAACUCAGCCCAUGGCAGCAAGGCAAAAGCAACAUGCCUAACAAAGCUACAUUUUUCACCGGGCUCAGUUGGUAAUGACAAGAGGUUGUAAUUCACAUGUUAAAUUACAGAAAAUACAGCUACCCCACAACACAGUCUCAUUUUAGGCUCUAUUCAUGGGCAAAGGAUCUUGGAAAUGCAAAAUAUAUAGUCUUCACAAAUCAUUUGUGCAAGACAAAGGGCACACACACUUCUCCACAAGAAAGAGUGGGUGGUGUUGGCAUAGUGAAAAAAAUAGUUUUCACUAUCCUGGCAUAUAGAGAGUCAUUUUACAGAAACAUCCUGCAACACAGAGAAAUAAUAAGGAUGUCACAUUGGUAAGCAAUUAUUACACCAAAGAAUACCUUUUCUCAUGUUCUGGUGCAUACAGUGGUACCUUGGUUUGUGAACAGCCUAGUUUACGACCAUUUUGGAUUACAACCAAUUCAAACCUGGAAGUGCGCGUCCUAGUUUGUGAACUUUUUUGGAUUAUGAGCUGGGUUUUUUUGGGAUUACGAACAACUUUUUUGGCCCCAUUGGCAAAAGUGCGCCUUGGGUUACGACCUGUUUUGGUUUAUGAAUGGACCUCCAGAACGGAUUAUGGUUGUAAACCAAGGUACCACUGUAUGUCUUGUCAGUGAAUGGAGAGGAGUGUGAUCACAUGCAUUGACUCUGAUGUCUGACUUCUGCACACUGAACAGAAUGGGCUUUAUGUGAGUAGAGCUCGAUACAUGGAGGCUGGAGCUAGGGCCAGUUGCCAUGAUAUAUGGUUUUAUUGACUGUGUGGGACCAAAGGAACUUAGGGACUCUUCAACUGUUACUAUAUUGUACACUUACUCUUUAUCACAUAUGAAUGAACACUGUAGACUUGGAAUUUUUAAUCCCAGCUGAUUGCAAUGUAACUUCUUUUAUCACUCAUGAAAGUUCAUUCAAGUGUGUGUCUGGUUGCAUGUAAACUCCAAGCUGAAACUAAAAAGGAAGAGAGUUGUUAAAGCUUCUGACCUGCAGAGAACAUUCUUCAUUUGCUAGUCCUUCGAGUAUUUUCAAAAUUAGCAGGUAGUCGUGUUGGUCUGACACAGUCAAAAUAUAUGAAAAAAUAAAAAAAAUGCCCAGUAGCACCUUAGAGUAACGGACAGUUAUAUAGAUAGAUAAAUAGAUAGAUAGAUGAUAGAUAGAUAUAGAUAGACGUGGGUGGCGCUGUGGGUUAAAACACAGAGCCUAGGACUUGCCGAUCAGAAGGUCUGUGGUUCGCAUCCCCGCGAUGGGGUGAGCUCUCAUUGCUCAGUCCCAGCUCCUGCCAACCUAGCAGUUUGAAAGCACAUCAAAGUGCAAGUAGAUAAAUAGGUACCGCUCCGGCGGGAAGGUAAACGGUGUUUCCGUGCGCUGCUCUGGUUCUCCAGAAGCGGCUUAGUCAUGCUGGCCACAUGACCCGGAAGCUGUAUGCUGGCUCCCUCAGCCAAUAAAGCGAGAUGAGCACUGCAGCCCCAGAGUCGGUCACGACUGGACCUAAUGGUCAGGGGUCCCUUUACCUUAUAUAUCUUUCAAAAUAGGAUUGUGUCUGAAAUCCAUUGCUCCUUCACAUUGUUUCAAACAUAUUGUUGCAUGUCAAUCCAAUCUCUGAGAGGUACAAAAUCCCAGGGAUUCCAGAAGCUUAUUAUUCAGGGUUUGUGUUUCCUUUGGAAUGAGGUGCAGUCAAAACUGUGGUGUCUUUAGGAUAUAUGGUUUAUUUACACACACAUAUAUAACCAUCCCUCACAAUGGAGGGGUUUACAGCAUUGACAUCCCCAAAAGGGUCUUGCUUCUCCCAUAGCUGCAGCGUUCUAUUCCAACAGAAAUCAGGCAUGGGUCUAUCUCUCCCAGCUGCCAAGCUUCUAGCACACAUCACUCAAGUCUCAACUCUGCCUUUAUCUUUCUAUGUACCAGCAGGUUGAGGAAGGGGCCCCCACCCAUUUGUUAUCUGACCCAGAGCCACUUUUUUGUUAUCUUAAUGGCUCAUACUUAGAGGGCCAUUACCUCACCAGGAAGCUAGCCUGCCUAGUCCAGGAAUUGAAUCCAUGCUGGAUCCAGGAAUUAGACGGGGCCCCCAGAUAUACAGCCUACAUCCCCUCCACAAACUCAUCAUAAUAUUUAUAUUGUUCCAUGAAAAGGUGCAUGUCAGCUCUCUACAAAAAUGAAGACUGGGCUGAAAAAGUAGAGGCCUUGGAAAAACUUCAGAAGGAAACACUUGUAAAUGGCAAAUGGGAUUUGAAGAAGGCAACAGAAGCUGCAUUGGAGGCCUCAAAAGAUGAACAUUACUCCUUGACUGAUUUCUGGUCCUAUUUUAUUGUGUAUAAAAUGCUAAAGGAGGUAGGUGGAGAUUUUUUAAAAAGGUUUUUUAAAACCACAUGAGACCUAAACUGAACAAGAAUAUAAAGAAAGUUAGCAGUUACCAAAAGUGACCAGGACAGUAUUUUUCCCCUCAAGGCCCUGCCAUUAUCUCUUAUAUAUAAUUUGAAACAUAUAAAUCCAUUCAUAUAUUCAGAAGCACUAAAAUUAGGUAGGUAAUUUUGUUUUCAUCUCUGGAUUAUUAUGUGGUAAAGUGUUGUCUGGAGCUAGACAGGAAGGGUUUGAAGAAGAGAUUUUGCCUGCAAGUUGGCCAACCAUGAUCUGAUGCACCCCUGGGAAGAAAGAAUGUGAGUCAAGUGUGGGUUGGUGUCAGGAACCACUGACCACGUCCCUAUGUGGCAAGCAGUGUCAUUAUAGCUUCUUAAUCUAGAACCAUGUGGAUUCACUCUCUACUCAGAGUGGCCAGUAACCUUAUAAAAAUUCUUCAGCAUUUUAAUGCAGAUUUCUCCUAAUAAACACACGUUUGUAUGCAGUUUUGACUAAUGCAUACAUUUUUGCAAGCAAUGCAUCCUAAUACCAUGCAUUCUGCAUGAUAUUUUCACUUAUAUAUAUUCAUUUUACUGUACACUUCUACCUAAUAUAUGCAUUUUUGUGAACAUUUGUUAUCGAAGAGGUGCAUUGCAAAAUUCGGACAAGUGUGAAUUUUUUGUGUGUGGUUUGGUUCUCAACUUGCACUCAGAAAGUGCAGAUUUGAUCAAUUCGUCUUCAAAUGCAAACUGAAUCAAAUUUCUCCCCCAUCCCUGAAUGUUACACACAAGUAAACCCUGACAGCUGGGGAACAGGUAGAGUAGUAAAGUCAAUUAACUAAACCCAUGUCUUUUCAGCUUGAUGAACGCAACUUGACUGAACACAAGAGAUCAUGUGAGAAUGGGAAAAAUCCUUAUCCCAUCUAUGCAGCUGUGGACAAGCACAGAUACGAAGGACACCACGUAGGUAAUAACAUGACAAUAUCAUUUUCUCUUAUUAUUUUCUCCCAUCCAUUGGCAUCAUUCACUAAGGCCUUUCUCCACAUGCCUCCCCCUACGGUGUUAGCCAGCUGGCUACCAGUGAGUGCCAAAAGUCUGCCAGCUUACCCAGGACCACAUCAGAUUUGAUUUUAAAAUGAGCUGAUCCAUCUCCCUCCCUGUCAAAAUAAAGAAGUAAAUCAAUCAAUCAAGACUAGCAACAAAACCAAUUCAAAUUUUCCAGAGGGCAGCUCUUCAAUAUACCAGCAUGGGCAAAGCAAUCAAGAUGACCUUGUCUGUGAGGUUACAUUGAAGAGCUGUCCCUGGGGAAACUGAGAAUGGUUACCAAAAGAGGGACGACUUUGCAGCCCCAAGGGUUACACUCUGAUUGCUGUGUAUUUCUGUGGGUAGAACUACCCACCCUGAUACUGAAACAUUAGCAAGUUCAUCUGAGCAAUUGGAUAUUAGCACGUCCCUGCUUGCCCAAAGAAUUUCAUGGUUAUUGCUGACUUCCUUUCAACUUCACUUCAAAAUCCCUCCAAGUGUUUCCCCUGCACAGGGCCUUCCAAAUCGCUUUGCAUUCUGCUUUAGAUGGAAUUUCUUGGCAGCUCUUUCUUUGCUGAUUUGUUUCCCAUUCAUUUGUCUUCUGGGCAUUCUGUUCUCAUUAGCACUUUGGGAUUUUCUUCUCAUCUCUCUCUCUCUCUCUCUAACUUUCUUUUAUCUUCUUUCCUCCCAGGCAGCUGGUUUGAAUUUACCCCACACGAUGCAGGGGCUCCUGGCGUAGGUGGGGGUCACAGUACAGCAGGAUAUGUCGAAACCAAACUCUUUGGGAGUCUGUUUAGAAAUGGAGAACUGAGCAAGAAGAAAAAGGAGAAAGAUAUUACCUACCUUCAAGGUUUGCCAACCUAGUUUUGCUUAUUUGAAGCCUGUCGUUCUCAGAAUGCCAAGUAGAAUAACCUCCUCUGAACCAGUGGUGGCUGGAACAGGUGAGGUGGAGGGCAGGGGCACCAGCUGUAAAUGAAGCUAGACCCAAUGACAGUCAGACUACCACCCAAUUGGUGGCAAGACAGAAGGAGCUGGGGGCAGGUUGGGUAUAGUUUGAGGUUGAUGGACAGUGCUCCAUUCAUGCUAAUGGACCAGCCUCCUCUGCUCUGAAGGUAUUCAAAGAUGCACAAGAAGCAACUUCACAUCAAGUCCAUUUGGCUUCAUGCUGUUUCAGCUCAGUACUAUCUCUUCUAGCAAUCUGGGCCCCAGACAUCACAGGCUUACAACUCCCAUUAUCCCCAAACAUUGCCUAUGCUUAUUUUGGCUAGUGGCUAGUGAGAGUUCUUUCUGUGAUGAUCUGGAUGGUCAGAGGUUUCCCAUCCCUGGUUUAUACUGAUUGGCUACAGCUCGCCAACAUUUCAGACAGGAGUCUUUCCACCCUCAGCUUUACCUGGAGACAGCAAGGAUUGAAAUUGGGAUAGUCUGUAUGCAAAACAUGUGCCAUGGCCCUUCCUCUCUUUUUGCAAGAUCAAAGAAUAGAGUGGGUGUGUGAUCAGUUGAGAGGUUUAGCAGUGGAAUUCUAUCCAUGCUUACUCAGAAGUGAGUUCAUCUGGAACUUGCUAGGGACUGUGUUUAGAACUGCAGCCUUAACAUGCAUAUUUACAACACUGUAGUGUUGAAACCAUCUAGGUUUAUGGGGUACAUAAGAGGAGUUCAUGCACCAACAUGUCCUGGAGCAGACAAGAUGGGAAAAUGUAUAACCAAGGAGACUAUGAUGUGUGCAUUGCUAUCUUUAUAAUUUUUCAAAGGAUGGAGCCAUUUCAAACAUGGCUAGUUAAAUGCUAUAUGAGCUUUAAACAUCAGGUUUGGACAUUUAUACUUACACCAAAGACCAGUGCUUUUUUCUGGGGGGAAGCUGGGGUACGCAUACGCCUAAACAUUUUGCGAAUCUAAGUUUGGCUCCAUUGAGGGGCAGUAUUUCAAUAUGAGUAGGAAAAUUAGAGUACCCCUAAACAUUUUUUUAGGGGAAAAAAGACUGCCAAAGACUGUUAAAAAGCCAUCUCUUCCUGAUUUUCAGGUUUAUGGGGAAGUGCUCUUGCAAGCGAGCGAGAAAUUAAGAAGGAAAUCCUUGGUAAGUUGCUACAUUUUUGCCUCUGUUGCUCAACGAAGCAAAAUUCUUCAUUGUGACUCAACACAUUUCUGAGUUAAGAGCUCCUUGUUCAGGAGCUAUAGACAGAAACAGACAACAAUAGUGCUAUGAUUCUUUAAAACACAUCUUAAGUUGCAUGCAUGCUGUGGAAAGUCUUCAUGGUCCAAAAAUCUUUAAAACACAUGACAAAAAAUAGCUUUCCUGAAUGCUUAUACCCUUUUUAUAUUGUAAGCCACCCCUAUGAUCCUUGGAUGAAGGGUGGUAUUGAUUAUUAAUUAAUUAUAAUAAAACCCAUGUCAGACUCUUAAAAGAUCCAAUGAUGAUGAAACAGCAUUUGCCAGGUACUAAACUCAGACCUUAGCCAUGAAAUCACAAAAAUCUAUUUGUUCUCCUUGAACAACACACAUAAUUUAUCUUAAAUGUAAACAUAGGGUGGUAUGCAACUAAAUAGAUCCACUAGCACAAGGAUUUCUGCUUGCUCCCUCCCCUGCUCCCUCUCCAAAUGCACUCUGGAAAGCUGGGGGACUGGCCAGAACAGAUAUAUUGGGGCAUAGGGAGUAUGCAGGGAUAGAAGAGUUGACAGAAAUUCCUUUGCGCAGCCAAAAGUCCGUGUACUAGCAGAUCUAUUUCACUAGAUGCCUCCUAAGCACCUACUUUUGAGGCUCGCUGGGUUUUGGGAGAUGGAGGGUCUGGAAUGCUUUCUAAUGACAACGUGUCAGCUGGGUGUUGUUCCAGCUGUCCCAUGAUUUCCCAGCUUUCCCCCUCAUCUGCCUCUGAGCUCAACCCCCUUUUGUAAAUCUAUACCAUCUUCCUCCUCCCUGGAAGGGUCAGGAUGGGGAGGCGGUCUCCACCAUUCAUCCUCCUCUGCCCAGUCCCUGACGUCUUGUAGUAAAGCUACUCUGGUCUCCUUUGGGAGGAAGUGCAGGGCAGAAUUUUAAUAAUAUAUUAAAUGAAACAAUGAUACAUAUGAGAAAGUAAGCCUUACAUGUGUGUUAACAUAGGGAUUUGUCUUUCAAGGUGCUUUACUGGAUUUGCUAAAAAAGGACAAAGAAGCUUAUUUUAAAGCCCGUGAAUUGAAUCCAGGUAACUCACAUUUCCUUCCAUCAGUUUUCUUUCCUCAUCUUUACGAGGAAAGUCAUUGCCAUAAACCAGGGGUGGACCAUAUUUUGAGGGCCAAAGAAUGACAUUCUCUUUGGGUAAAAUGGGUGGUGGUGGUGACACACUUUCUCCCUCUGUUACCCCUUCACCACACAGAGGGAGAGCAACAAACCAGGAAACACAGAGAGACAACAAUGGGCACCUUUUUGUUUCUCUCUAACCCAUCUCCUUUCUUUUCCUCCCAUUCUUUCACAUCCCUGUACAGAUACCUAUUCACCCACACUCAUUCCUACAAUUACCUUCUACUGGGAUUUCUGGUGUUCUAUGGACUUGUGCCUUCAGACAAUUUGGAAGCUUCCCACGGAUUAUGAACAACUUGCACUUCUCUCUUCCGUACACACCAGAAAGUCCCUGUUACCAAGCAGUAUAAGCAGAUCUUUGUGAAACUUUAGGCUAAGCACAGGUUAGAGUAGUAGCUUGCAACUGCCUCAACAGUUUGGGUUCAGGAAAGUAUAUCUGUCUUUGAGAUCUCCUCAGGAGUGGUCCUCCCUUUUAAGCAGAGCGAUUUUGGGUGUAAUGAAAAAAAACACCAGAAAAUUGUUAGUUAUUUAUGCUUGCUCCCAAGAAGGGGUGCUUGAGAGAUUUUUGUUCCUCAGGUGCCAAAUUGACUUUGUCAGCUUUGCAUGUCAUUUGUUGUUCUAUCCAAGGGAGAAAUAUAUAUUGGGCUGGUCCUGGAUCUUAUUGACCUAUGCAGAUCUUAGGAAAUGUUAAAGGCAAAGAAUGAAAAGGAGGUCAUCCAUUCCCCACAAAGUUCUGUUGUGUUUAUGAGGUGGAGGGAUAGCAGUUGCUGGACAUCUGAGUGAAAUGACCACUGUAAAAAGCUCAUUUGGAAUAAAUAGAGAGCAGGCCGGCCUUUGUAACCAACUUUCCUGUUGUGUUUCAUUCUCAAGAGUACCAGGCACUUAGUUUUCUUUGCAAGGCUUAUGAGUAUAUUUUGGAGUUGCAACUGUCUAUAUUAGAUGCUUCAGCAGCAGCAGCAACUGGAUUUUUUGACCUUUUAGAGAACCUCCUGAAAGGUAAGUGAUUUCUAAGCAACGUAUUUUCUUCCUUUUGAAAGCAGUAUGGUGCUUUGUGAAUAAAUUGAUGGGCACUAGUUCAGAGUAAGCUGUCUGGAAUUAAUGAAUCUGUUAGAUAUGCCCAUUAACUUUUUAAUUUUCAUUAUUAUUAUUAUUAUUAUUAUCCAUCAAAAUUCAAGUUUGCCAAAAUAUAAUUACAACAAAAAGUGUGGGGAAGAGAAAUGUUAAUGUUAUAACUAAGUAUGCCUUAAAUAAAAACAGAUUGCAAGAAAAGCAACAAUGCUACUUUCCAAACAGAAUAUAUACCAUUACUUAAGAGACUUACAACAUCCCUAAAAGUAUACUUAAACUUGGGUUUCCUGUACUCUGUUGCACCAUUAUGUUAUGAGCAUGCUCUACUUUUCAACAAAUCAAUUAUGAGGCUGCCCUCCUUCUCUUACUCUGAGAAGAGUUAUUAAUAUUAUCAUAUUUAUAUAUUUCCCAAGUUUUGAUCAUCCAUUUUUCCACAGUCCUUCCUUAUAUAUAUAUAUAUAUAUAUUUGCAGAUUUUAAUACAGGUAGCUGUCCAUUGGGAGUAAAUAACCCAUUCUUUUCCCUUUGUUGCUUAGUUUUUCAUCCUGCCUUUAUUCACCAUGCCUCUCUAUUUUCUGUGAAGUCCAUAGUACCAGCAAAAGCUAUAAGGUGCUCAAAGAGAUGCGUCAAUCCUGGACGACAGCAGAUGAAAAGGCAAAAGAGGAAGCAUGUUUGAAACUGUGGGAAGCUUUGCAUGAUGAUUUUGGAGGCAAGUACCAUAGUGCUCAUAUAUUGCCUUCUAACAGUGACUCGCUACAAAGUUAGGGAAUCGGGUUUUGGUAAUAUAAUAUAUGCUGGUGCUCACUUUAUUAUUUGUGUAAGAAUUAUCCUAAUAGCAAACUCAGGUGACAAGUGCUAACACUAUUGCACCCAAACAACAGCCACUUAAAAGAGAGAGAGAGAUACCAGUAUGGAGUUUGCAACAAAUACACAUGUAUACAACAUGCACAUUUGUGUGUGUGUGUGUGUUUGUGCGUGCGCGCACACACACAAACACACACACUUUGUUAAUUUUUAACAAAACUACUAAUUGGGAACUCUCCCCCCAAAGGCCUGAUGAAUACUGAGCAUGUUCAGUAGCUGCAGAAUGUACAGUAACAGUCUGAAAAGAGAAAUGGAAUACAAGGGGAGUGGAAAGGCCUCAUAAAAGAGAAUGGCUGGAACCCAGGAUCACUCUUUUAGGGUUGAGAAUAGACUUCAACAUCCAUACCUGUUGCGUAUGCUUAGAAGUGAACUUCCUACUCCACAUGAAAAGUGUUUCAUUUUUUAAAAUCCCAGAGAAACCCUGAGCCAAUUCAAAGGCUCAGAAAUGUGUCAUUCUGCCAGCCAUGUAUGACCUCUCCUGUCACACAAACUUAUCACUGGCAAUCAAGGAUGGUGGAUGUUUGUAAGCUUUUACAAUGCUUGUCUGACAACCACAAUUUUGGAGCUAGGUGGGGCUGGGGGUGUUAAGCGGGUGUAAUUUGGAUUUUCUCCAAUAAACCACACAGUUUCCUAUUUAGAGGGUCAUGGAUCAGGUUAUUUUUAAGCCAACUAGCAAAUGUUGCAGGGACGGGACAUUGUUCAACUUUUUAGAGAGUGAGCCCCUUUCAGUGAAAUGGAACUUACUUUUGAGUAGGGAUGGAAGAGGAAUUCAGUUCACUUUGCAAUUAAAGUUGAACAUGUCAAAUUCACAGAAAAGUGCAUAUAUUGGUGAAAUUAACAGCCAUAUUGCUUUUCUUCUAACACCCCCACCCCCAAAAAAUGUGUCCAUAGGAAUUUAAGAAGCUUAAGAUAUGUCUUAUCUCCCUGCGGUAUCUUCAAGCAGCUUGUUGAGAUGGUCUAUACAGUGGUACCUCGGGUUAAGAACUUAAUUCAUUGUGGAGGUCUGUUCUUAACCUGAAACUAUUCUUAACCUGAAGCACCACUUUGGCUAAUGGAGCCUCCCACUGCCCCUGCACGAUUUCUGUUCUCAUCUUGAAGCAAAGUUCUUAACCCAAGGUACUAUUUCUGGAUUAGCGGAGUCUGUAACCUGAAGCGCAUGUAACCUGAAGUACCACUGUAGUUCUCAAAUGGUUGUUUUUCUUCCGAAAACAGGAGUUAUAAAAGUGAUAUCUAUCAGCCCUUUUCAAGCCAUUAAAAGUAAGUAAUUGCUUUUUUAUUUGCAUUGCCUUUCUAUUCUCUGUAGCCAGUGCCAUUUAGAGGAUAGACAUAGAGUUAGAUUUGGAUCUUUAAUGCCUGAAUAAAGCCCCAUUUUAGACUCUUUGAGCUGAACCCAAAUGAACAGAAAGAAAACAGCUGCUAGCAGUGUUCCACAAGCACUAGUACAAGCAGUACAAGAGAUUCUGUUUCAUGCUUACAUUGGGCAAGUGCAAAACUCUUCAACAUGUUUUGCUUCAAUUUCAUUUUUCCUCUUAGAAUGCUCUGGCAGAGGGAUGCGGAAUGUGUGACCCUCCCAAUGUUGUUAGAUCCUGCAUCUCAUCAGCUGCACUGCCAGUUAUCAGAAAUAAUGGGAGACACAGUCCAAUGAUAUCUGCAUUUCCCCAUCCCUUCUCUAGAACAAAGCACACAUCUGUGCAUAUGUGAGCAGAAAGUACCUUCUGGAGCUAGCAAGGUUCUGUUAUGUGCCUUUGGGAGAAUCACCGUCUCUCAACUUUGCACCUCUAAGUAGAAUUAAGAAUAUCAGCAUGGGCUUGGUACUGAUGAGCACUGCAAAGGCUCUUAAAAAAUCAGGAACGCUAUCAGUUAGUAGCAAUGGCCAUCUGUACUCUGAAACAUCCCUAUGGAAGUGCCUGAAUCUAUCCAACUGAUAGAUUGGAACUGAACAAUAAGAAAUCCUCAUAAACUUCCACCCCCCCCAAGAAACAUUCCAUGGAUGUAUAAUGUAAAUAAUAUAGUUAAACAUGAAGUUUGUAAGUAGCUUAGAAUUGAAUGUACUCUCUGUUUUAGCAGAUUGUCCCAAUGUGAGCCAUGGGUGGUGAGAGGGCACCAUUGCUCUUUCCACUGAAUUCAAUAAUAAGUACCAUACAGUUUCAAAAUCACAUUUUGUAUUUGUGUUCCUGAACACUCUAAGGUGCUUUGUUAGUUUCUCCAUAAGGGAUAUGCUCUUUAUUCUGUCCCACCAUGCCUCUGGAAUUAAAUUAUUUGCUGCUUUGCAGUGUUGUGUAAUUAUAUUUCUAGCUGCAAACAAUGAUUAAUAGGUCCUUAAUGAAUAAAUUCUUAUUGUCAUCUAGAUUCAGAUUUAAUAAAGCUAGCCUCGGAUCAGGUUGUAUCACCUGAUCCAAGGCUUCAAAGAUUAUUUCCCAAAAUAAUUGAAAGGUGUAUGGUUUAUCCAAUCUUUUGUGCACUAUUUGCUUCAGUGUGAACUGUUCAGUUUUAUUUGUUUAUAUAGUUUUGUUCUGCUUUUGUUUGGUUUUCAGGAAGCCUUAUCGAAUGCUAUUGUAUUGUUAUUUAUUUAUGUGGCAUUCUUAGCUCUGAAUCUCAUUUAAUUUAGACUGGAUCAUGCUCAUCCACAAAACCAAUGUAUGUAUUCUGAAGUGGACUUGGGGAAGCACCGAUAACUUCUUUCACAACGACCGUAAGAUUGUUUCGCAAUCACAUUCAUGAUAGUUUACUUAUAAUUGUAAGUUUUUAUAUUUUACAGCAGAAUCUCGGUUUUUGAAUGUAAACCAUUCCGGAAGACCGUUUGACUUCCAAAACGUUCGAAAACUGAAGCAUGCAUUUCCGGAAGCAAUUACUCAAUAUGGAAAACUCAAUAUGGAAGCCAUGUGGCACGUUCGGCUUCCGAAAAGCGUUCAAAAACUGUAGCAUUUACUUCCGGGUUUUCGGUGUUCGGAAGCCGAAACGUUUGACUUCUGAGACACUCGAAAACCGAGCUACCACUGUACUGCAUGUUUCGGACUGUGACUGCCACAUCAUCAUGCCAUGGGGAUACUGUCGAAUAGGGAUAAGUUUAGAGAUGGGGCAAGGAUUUGGACUAGGGAUGGUCAACUAUUGGUUGACUUUUCAUGGAAAGAAUCAAGUAGUGAUGGCCGUGUCCCUUCCCCCAAAGACAAAUUAUCUCACUCUGUAGAAGGGGAUGGGUCACACCUAUUAGAGGGGCUCAUUGUGAGACAGCUUCCUAUGUUAUGCAUUCCUGCUCCUAAGAGAGUCAGCUAGCAAACAGCAGUUAAAAGUAAAAUACUACUUCCAACUCCUUUCCAAAUAAAACCUUUCAUUUAAAGUAAAAAAGGGGAGACCUGGUAAAGUAAUUCUUGAAUUGGUAGAUUCAGCUAACAAGUCAUAGAGCCAAACCUUCUCUUUUCCACUAGCAUUUUCCAUUAAUGGAGAACUUGGAGGUGCAUGUGGCAGCUUUAGAUAUAUUUCAAAUUAAGAAGGGGAAAAAAUGGAAAUCCUCAGGAACAGUAUGCUUCACCUUGGAACACACUGGAACAGAGUUGUCUUGGGGCUAUUUGACUCAUAUUUGUAUCCCAACUGAUCUUUCUCCAGAGUUUGUGUUGGUUCAAACAUUUACACUGAAGUUUUGUGUGAUGUUAUGUUCUUAGCCGAUGUUAAAGUCCCAGCGCUAAAAGGGAAAGAUGUCGUGUCCCUGAUUGAUGCUGGCCUGGCAAUAAAUACUGCUUACCCGCUUAUUCUCUACCCUGAGAGAAAUGUGAAGCUGAUCCUGUCUUUUGACUUCAGUUCUGGGGACCCUUUUGAGGUAAUUCAUUUUAUGAAAGGGGCAGACAGAUAGGCAUACAAGGCUAAAAUACGUCUUGUCUCCCUUUCUAAUUUUUCAUGGCAACAGGAAUUCAGAUGAUGAAGUGAAACCUUGUAAUGGAUGUGACUAACUUAGGACCAUUAAAUUCAGUGAGACUACUCUGAAUUUAACUUAGUUGGAUACAAAUCUUUGACUCAUUUCCUGACCAAUCAAUUGUUGUCAGAAACCCCCCUCUCUCUGUGAAAUAACUAUGAUACAACCUCUUCUCAAGCAUUAUCCCAGUUUUCCAUAGAUGACACUGCUUGGGAAUAUCCGCUCACCUGGGAUAUUGCAGCAGCAUGGCACGGCCAUGGUGGGUCCAGGAGACUGCCAUAUUCUAGUGGCUGGAGGAGGUGAUGGCUGGCACUGCCCACCUCCAGCUACGUCGGGCACUCAGGUAAAGGUGGGCAGUGCUCUCUUAGCCAACCAAAGGCAGGAGCUUAGGGGUUGCAAGCAGCCUGCCCCCAGCCUAUUUAAGGGGGCAGACAGGUGUUGGCCACCCUCAUGGCUGACUGGGACAGAUCAAGUGGCAAAUAAAGCAUUGGGCUGGAUCCUUAGUCACAGGGGUACCCCGUUAGAGGGGUAUAGGAGGGCUGACUCUGUCUGGGAGACCACUGGGGGACCAAUGGGCCAAUGCACCACGAUAAAUGGCAGCCUGUGUGGGGUCAUAGCAUCCAAUCCAUGUUGUGGGUCACUCCCCAGCACAAGUUUGACCCCAUCAGGUUGCUUUCAGGUAGCAGGCAGGCUGCCUGAUGCAGGAUACAUGCCCAAUGCCUUAGCCAAACCUACUCUUUUCUGUAAUCAGUAAACUUGUGGCCUAAUUCAACCCAAUACCAGUUUCUGGUGCAAUUCUUCUCCCCCCCUUCACCUGCUGCAGCCAUUAUGCUCCUGUGCUGUCAAGUAUCAAUGUAUGUAACACUGAGAAUCCGAUGUUAACAGAGCAUUGGAGGAGGGAGCAAUGUUACAUCACUUCUCAAGUUGCUGAGGUAAUGUUAGAAAAAAAGGAUGUUUAGGAAAGAGACAUAUAGAAGCUUAGUGGCAGAACACCAUUUUUCAUGCAAAAGGCCCCAGGGACAACCCCUUGCAUCUUCUGGUAGAGCUGAGAAAGAUUCCAUGCCUUAAAUCCUAGAUAUUGCCAAGAGGUGAAGGCAAUACUGAGUUAGAUGCGCUGUUGAUCUGACUUGAUAAAAGCCAGCUUCCUAUGUUCCUGUGAGCCCCAAAAGCAACACAGGAAGCAAAGUGGCAGCUAUUUUUCUAAGUGGAUUUGUCAAUGCAUUAAAUAGUUUUCUCUUCCUUUUGGCACAGACCAUCACAAAAGCUGCAGAGUACUGCAAAGUCAAUGGAAUCAAAUUUCCCAAGAUAGAUGAGAAAGAUCAGCAAGAGAAAGACAACCCGUUGGAUUGCUAUAUCUUCAAAGGAGAGGGCCUAACUAUCAUGCAUUUCCCACUAUUCAAUAGAGUCAACUGCCCAGGUAACUUGAGAAUAGGGCUCAUUUGGUGUUUUUUGUUUUGUUUUUAAUGAUCAGAGAUUAAAAUGAUUGAGAAGUAAGAAUCCAGUGGGUCAUUUCCUCCCAACAUUAAAUUGCUCUGGUAGCACAUUCACCUUCAUGUUUAAACUCAUCUUCCAUAUUUCCUUUCUUUCUGAGACAUUUCCCCUUUUCCUGACUGGUGAACAUUGCCUUCCUUAAGGUUCCUUUCUCCAUAUCAGAUAAAUCCUACUGGGGCCUCAUUAAACUUCCCUGCCACAUACAUUCCAACAUUUCACAACUGAAAAUAGGGACAGACCUCAAAGCCCCUAUUCACAAGCCACCCGAUUGCACAUUGUUCUAUGCAGUCUAUUAUAUCCAUAGACUGCCCUUCAUUCAUUUUUCUAAAAAGGACAAUAGAACGUUUCCUCUUUCAGCUAUACUACAAAAACAUAAUUAUUAUAGACUCAUAGAGUAAAAGCAGGCCUUGUAAACCACACUGUCCUGCUGAGUUCAGGAAAUUUAGAGCUUGAACAUCCCAAACAAGUAGCUCUCUAACCUUUUUUGAAAAUCUUUCACAAAGAUGUCCCCAAAAUUUCCCCAAUUAGCUAAGAACUGCGGACCCCAUGUUUUUCAAAUGCCUAGCAAUGGACCCCUACCUUUGAAAAUUUUGGUAUCUCUAUUGUAGUUUUUGUUAUGUGAUUCUCCUAAUGUUUGGACGAAACCUCCCCUUCUGUAACUUAAGCAUAUUAGAUCUACUCUUGCCCUUUGGGUAAUAUAUUAUCAAUAUGAUAUCAAUAAUUUGAAAUCAACAUCACCAACGAUAGUAUGUGAUAUAGGAGGCAUUGUACUACAUGAGACAUUAUAUACUCCAGUGCAUGUCUUUAUAUGCCUGCGUAUAAACCUUAGAUGCAUCUGUGCAACCAAACUCAGAGUUUUAAAAGCUAGAGAUUAAGGGAAUGCAGCGAAUCCUGCAUAAUGCAACUCUUGCAGUGUGCUCAAUGAGCAAUUCAAUGUUUAGCUGUGAUCCUCUUUCUGUAGAAAAGUGCAGGGGGAAGUAAAGUUACAUGCAAUAUUCUCUUUUUUUGCCUUUUUUAUUUUAUUGAUUUAUUUUACUGACACCAACACAGACAACACUCACAAAACAAACAAAAAGAUACUACAACUACAAAUGCAAAGUAGAUGUUACAGACACAUCAGUAAUUCAGUUCUUAUUCAUUUCUAUUAGACUUCUUUCAUCCUCAGCGCAGGUCCGGUUGUAUACUUAGUCAACUGCUUCUUUCACAAUUCCUCUUCUCUAAUUUUUUCUUUAUCUUACAUUCUUACACCAUAAUUUGUUUUGUGGAAAUUAGUCAAGACAAGUCCAGGUAUUACCUAAUUUGAGGGCACUGCUUUUUUAGAUACUCACUAUAUUUUCCAUAUUCUUUCUGAAAUUUUUGUUUGGAUUGAUCUCUAAUUGCUUCUGUCAAUUUAGCCAGUUCUAAAUACUCAAAUAACUUAUCUUGCCACUCUUUUUUUUUGUUGGGAUUGUCUCAUGUUUUCAAUUUUUGGCAACUAGAAUUCUUGCUGCAGCUGCCACAUAUUCUCUUAUUUUCCCUUGCAAUAUCUGACUCUAAUAUUUCCAAUAGAAAGGCUUCUGGUUUUUUUAAAAAAAUGUUUGAAUAUUUUCUCCAGCUCUUCAUAAAUGAUAUCCCCAAAACUUCUAACUGUAUCACAAGUGCACCACAUAGGCAGCAGUGUGCCCUUCGCUUGUUUGCAUCUCCAACACAUUUUCAAUUUUGUUCUAUACAUUUUAGAUAGUUUGUAAGGUGUCAUAAAGCAUCUGUAGAACAUUAAAUAAUUUUCUUUUAUUGCUUCACAUGCCAUGAAUCUCCAGUUCUCCUUCCACAAUUUCCCCCAAGCUGCUAAUUGAAUAGGUUUACCUAUAUCUAUUGCCCAUUUCACCAUCACUUCCUUCACUUGUUCGCCUUUCACCUCCCAUUCUAGUAAGGUUCCAUACAUCCUAGAUAUUACUUUUAUCUUGUUUUGUAUUAUUCCCUCCCCCCCAUAAAUGCAAUAUUCUUAAACUCAUCAGUAAUGGGUUACUUUAUAGUCACCCUCCAAUGUGCCUGUUUUUCAGGUAAAAUUGAUGAAUACGCUUCAACGUUUAAAACCUUCAAGUUGAAGUACUCGGAUGAAGAAAUUGAAAAGCUACUCACUGCAGCGAAGAUGAAUGUAGCAAAUAAUCAUCAAAAGAUUUUGGGUGAGAUCAAGGAUAUUAUGGGUUCUCCUCAAAGGCCUUAAUCAAAUGUUAUAGGCCAUCUAACUUGUGAAGAGCCUCAAAGAGCUGGCUCUCCUCAUGAGAUUUUGUUUGUUUGGAGAACUUAAAAUCACUUUUGGGUAUUGGUUGGGUGCAAAACUGUAAUGUCUGCAUUAAAUAUAAAACAUAUGCUCAGGAAGAAUUCCUUUCCUUUUUGAAUGUGUGUUUCAAGCAUUGUCUGUUUAUACAUAGGUGAUUCUCUGCUUCAAGAAUGUGGAACUUUGACCCUCCAGAUGUUGUUUGGACCGCAACUUCCAGCAUAUCUGAUCAUUGGUCAUGCAAGCUGAGGCUGAUCAGAGUUGGAGUCCAACAACAUCUGGAGGGCCACAGGUUCAUCAUGCCUGGUCUAGAUGGUAUAGUACUAAUAAUGAAAAAUAUAACAAUGGAUAAAAAAUAACAUGUAUAAUACUGUCAACGAAACAAGUUCAUAUUGCAUAUCAUUGUAGAUAUAACACUCUCUGGAUAAUGUGUUAUAUGGAUUAAAUAGAAUGACUAUGGUCCAAAGGAACUCUUUCCCUCCUAUUUUUUGUUUGUUUGUUUAUGAGGUGCUUUUAAUUGUUCUGUAUAUUACACAGCUUUCUACAUGGUGUAGUGCUAAGAGUGAUAAGUAUAAGGCAAGAUUCAGAUUAAGUUACUUCCGUCCCACUGAAGUUGCAGCUAACUUGUACCAUUGAUUUCUAUUGGAGAAGAGCACAUAGGGAGCUGCCUAAUUCUGUAUCAAAUCAUUGGUCCAUUUUUGCUCAGUGUUGGUUAUACUGACUGACACUGGCUGUCCAAGAUUUCAGACCAGGAUCUCUCCCAGCCCUUCCUGGAACUGUCAGAGAUUGAACCUACAGACAACAUGCAUGCUCUUCCACCCCCAAUUAAAUCUAUCAUAAAUAUGUGAUAUACAAGGGAAGUUUUGCAAAGGAAAACAAUCUCACUGGACUACACAGCUUCUCAAGAAAAUAAGCCCUCUCUGAAAGAUGAGACAUCCAGUCAAAGUAUGAAUAAAACAAAGAAACAAAAUAAGAUCACUGUAAUGAAUGUCAUAUGUAGAAUGUAAUUAAUCUAAUAAAGAUAGCACCUAAAUGUUCUUU